AUGGCAUCACGACAAGCUGCCCUGGCAUGGGUCAGCCUCAGCGUUGGGGCCCUGCUGUAUAGCAUGGUUUGGGCAGCAGAUGGACCUUCGAUACCCGUAUCAUACUGCUCGUCCGCCAACACCGCCGAUGCCGAUAUGACUCCCUUCUUCUACACCUGGCAAAGCGAGGGUCGCUGCUAUGACAACUGCACUUCCCAUAACUUUGCUUUUGGUAUUAUCCAGAACAAGUAUUGUUGGUGCUCUAACUUGAUCCCCAACAAGGCCGACCAGAAGCCGAUUGGGAACUGCGAGUUUCCGUGCCCCGGUUACCCAACCGAUUUCUGCGGCGGAACCGACCUAUUUGGCUACAUUGAGGCUGCCGGGAACACCCCUCAGGGGACAGCACCCGCCGGCGGCGGGGACGGGGGCGGCAAGUCCAGUUCUUCCACGACCGGAUCACCACCAGAUUCCGACGUAACGACUAUUACGGUGGGCGGAAGCAUCAGGACCAUCACCGCCCCGUCCGAGCCGACCGCUCCUGGAGACAACAACAACGUCGAGAAUAAGGACAGUGGCCUUACAGGAGGUGCCAUCGCCGGUGUUGUGAUCGGUGUUCUAGGCGCAAUAGCGAUCAUAGCCGCAUUGAUCUGGUUCUUGUUUGUGAAGCGCAGACGAGACCGCGACGACGCCGACCCCGCCGGUCUUGGAUCACCUGGCCGCGGUGCCUCCCCCGGCCGGAUCGCAACGCCUGGCUCGGCCGAAAUGAGCGAGAGCCGAUACGGUGGUAGUACAACCGGCGGACCCUCCGACAAACGCCGCAGCCACCUCAUGCCCGUCGACCCACGCCUCGACCCAUUCACCACGGGGAUGUACCCCAGCGACCACAACAGGAGCCGCGAAAGCUUCAACUCGUUGCAGGAUAACCAGGAUUAUUCCAGGCGGGUGCAUCAGCCGGGUAGAGUCUUGAGGGCCAUGAAUCCAGAUCCCGACGUUUGA